CUAUGGAAACAAUUGUUUUGGUUGUGAAAAAUGCGCCAGGGCGCCACACCAACUGUGAAUAUAUUUGAAUAUCUCGACCCUUUUUGCAAUCGUUCGGUUGCAAACUAAAGUAGAAAUGACGAUAUUUGUAGAGAGGUUAUUAAUUCAGCUUAAUGGAAAAGCAUUGGAUCAACUUGUUUGCCAUUCCAAGUUGAAUUUCACGGCUGUAGUUGCCGAGAACAACCAGCUGUACAUUUUCGAUGAGAGCACCCUCCUACAUGGAUAUCCUUGGAAAUGCCCUUCAGUGCUGCUGUCUGUCAAAUGGCACCCCAGUCUUGGAGUCGUCGUUGUUGGUUUGAAUUCCGGAGAAAUUUACACACUCAUUUUGGAUUCUAAAACUAUAAGAGAAAUAAAGCUCCCAGUUGUUCACAGUUAUCCCAUUCAAUUUCUUGAAUGGGCAAGUGAAAGUCAGCUUUUAAGCUUAGACAGUGUUGGCCUUUUAACAGUAUGGAACCAUUCCAAAGACAAUCAUUUCCAAAAAAUAAAUGAACAUGAUGUAAAGGACACACCAUCCCAAAUGACCUGCUUUAGAUUACCUUUGCCACCGUGGGAGUGCUUCAUUGGGAGCUCAUCCGGUGCCAUUUAUCAUGCAAUUCAGGAUGUUGCAACCUGUGUAGAAGUUGUCCGCAUGGAUAGAGCGAUUCAAAACAUUGUAAGUCAUGAAGAUUCUCUUUGUGUUUUGACAUCUGGUGGAAUCGUUUCCGUUUACCGGAAAAAUAAAACAAAGGACGGAAUCAAGAGCAUUGAACUUCUAAAUACGGUGAAAAUAAGCGGUAAAUCCCGCUUGAUUCAACUGACUUGGUUGAGUAAAAAUGUGCUUGCCCUGACUGGCGGCGAUUUGACAAUCCGUCUUUGGAACUGUCAAAGCAAUGACACUUUCCUCUUGCCACUGCCUGAUGUAGCUGAACUUACCCUCCAUCCUGGGGCAGAACACUUCACCACGCUGGCCUAUCUACCAAAUAAAGCAGCGCCCUCGCUCUUGUCCGCUGCGACCAAUUUGGGAGGUAUCGUAUUUUGGCGGGACAAUAACAGUCGUGACAACAUCAACAGUCUCGAGGACGAUUGGCAUUUUAUUGGUCUGGUUGGCCUCCCCGGAGGUUCUAUCGAACACUCCAUCUGGGGAACGAAGUUUCUGUUCGUACAUAAUGGAUCUAGCCUCUAUCAAAUCGUCCAACAGCAGCCGUCCGUCGCAUUUAGAGAUGAAGUUGGCUUAGUUCAACUUUCGUCGUCUGUCGUGGCCGUCCAAAAAUAUUCAAAUUCCGUUCAGAUAGAUUUACCCGUUAGGAUUGCUGGCAUUGAUGUUUCUGGAAACCAUCUCCUUGUGUGGGGAGAGGAGAAAGUUGUUAUUUAUCGAAUGGGAGUUGCUACGUCCAACGAAAAGCCUUUUGCAGUCGGAAAUUUUGAAUGCGGUUGCUUGCUGGUGCGGCUUCAUAAAACGGCCUGCUUUUGCCUGGAAGGCACUUUAAUCCAGAUGCGGAAUUUUCAAGGCUCCUCGUUAUGUUCGCCACUGUCUUUCAUGGACUCGGAAGGUUCUCCCGUUGCGUUGGCUAUCUCCGGUGAUUUUCUUUGCGUCGCGUCGAGCAGUGGAUACGUCAAACUAUGGGAUGUGGCCAAUAGUGAUCCGAAGCUUCACAUCAAUACCAAGAACGUGGCAUCGAACAUAUCUGGUUUUAUGCGAUUCCGUUCUGUAAAAACCAACAGCGACGGCACUUGCAUCUCCUUUACGGCUGAUGCAGAUGAAGGGCUAUCUAAAUUAUUCAUAUGGCGAACAACUAUGAAUUCGGUGGAGUUCUUUAAUGUAGCCGCUGAAUGGACAGAAGAACAAGGCACUCUCCAAGCCCACUUUUGGGAUGAAGAAGAACCCCGUAUCGUAGUUUGCCAGCUCAGAGGCAAUCAAAGUAGCUGCUUGGUAUCGCUUUUGGUGGCGGACGAUCAGCAAGAGCUUCUGGUUCAAGAUGUGGUACCCAUGGCAAUGGAUGAACUAAUUGGCGUACAGCUUCCCCAUUACGCCAUUCUGGACGAAGCGACGAAAAUUCACAUGCGCUUACUGGCCAGUUUGGCUAGUUUGAAUGACCACAGCGAUAAAGCAGCCCGCGACGCCCUGUUGUCAUUCAGUUGUCACCUAAGGCGAGGAAGGGUAGAACAAGCUUACCAGGCGGUCCGCCCUUUUACCAAUCCGAAAAUAUGGGAGAGCUUAGCUCGUAGUUGCGUCCAACUUAGACGCCCUGACGUUGGCCUCAUUUGCUUGGGGAAACUGGGUAACGCCAAGGCAGCCGCAGCGGUGCGAUCCGCCCAAGCAAAAUAUGUAGGACAAGUGGAUGCAAUCACGGCAGUUCUCGCUGUCCAGCUGGGCAUGAUAAAAGAAGCUGAAGCGAUGUGUGAGCAAUCUUCUUGCUACGAUCUACUUAGCCGAAUGUACCAAGCGUCUAACCGAUGGGAAGCAGCGUUACAGUUGGCUCAUACAAAGGAUCGCAUCAAUUUGAAACGAACAUACUAUGAGUAUGCUCGCUAUCUGGAGGGCGAAGGCAAGACCGCACUAGCGCUAGAAAUGUACGAAAAGUGUCAAACGCACCAUUUCGAUGUUCCACGAAUGCUCUUCGAAGAUACGGCAGCCCUUCAAAGCUAUUGUACCUCCGGCCAAGACCCAGAACGACUUCGUUGGUGGGCUCAGUUUCUGGAAAGCAGUGGCGAAAUGGAUGCAGCUCUGGACCAUUACGCCAGGGCAGGCGAUUAUCUUUCACUGGUGCGACUCCACUGCUAUUUGGGCGAUUUGAGUAGGGCGACCGAAUUGGCUGAACAGAGUCAAGAUCGUGCAGCCUGCUUUCACGUUGCACGUCAGUACGAGGCUAAUGAUAACGUUCCCGAGGCUUUAAAAUUUUUCGGUCAGGCCUCAGCUUAUGGCAACGCAGUGCGGCUAUGCAAAGAACACGAAUUAGAUGAUCAACUGUAUCGCUAUGCCAUGCAAGGUGAACAAGAAGAGAUGGUUGAAGCUGCACGCUAUUUCGAGGCCCCAUCGUCCACUAGUGAUCGCCAGCCGAGAUUCGACCGAGCCGUUAUGCUUUAUAGCAAAGCCGGAUUACUUGACACUGCCCUUGAUUUGGCAUCCAGAACGGAGCAGCAUGAAGCUGUGUUAGAAUUGUCCAGACGUCUGGACAAAAAUUCCAACCCUGCUUCAUUACAACGCUGUGCUGAUUACUUAGCGAGUCAUCGGCACUAUGGCGCGGCAGUUGAUUUGCUCGUAAUGGCAGGGAAGUAUUCCGAUGCCGUUGACAUGUGUUUGAAAUUCAACGUUACGCUGACAGAAGCCUUAGCUGAUCAACUAGGAAGUGCCGAUAACAAUAGUCGAUUGCUGCUCCAGUUGGCCGAAGUUGCUCAACGUCAGGGUGACUACCAAUUAGCUGCCAAAAAGUUCACUCAAGCUGGAGAUAAAUACCAAGCGAUGAAAGCUCUCAUGAAAUCGGGCGACACUGAUCGAGUAAUAUUCUUCGCGAACGUAUCCCGGCAGCCAGACAUUUACAUACUUGCUGGGAACUAUUUACAAACAUUGGAUUGGCGCUCGCAUCCGGAAUAUGUGAAGCAUAUUGUUACUUUCUACACAAAAGCUAGAUCACUUGAUCUUCUUGUAGGGUUUUAUGAAGCUUGUGCGCAGGCCGAGGUGGACGAAUACCAGAGCUAUGAUAAUGCAAUGGACGCUUUAAAAGAAGCUCAUAAAAUAGUUUCGAAAACCCCCGAAAACAAUCAGUCGACAAAGUCAAAUAUGCUUGCCAUGAAAAUGGCUUUUCUCGAGCAGUUUAUCAACAUCAAGCAAAUGUCUGCGACAAACUCUCAAGUGAUUCCUCAGUUUGAAAGCAUUCUUAGCUCACCUGGUAUGGACUUGGGCAUUUUGAGGCCAGGAAAUGUUUAUGCCACAAUUUUUCAACUAUAUGUUGAUCACCAAAUGCACAACGAAGCUCUUCAAACUUUGGAUGGGAUGAAAACAACUAUUCCAAAUUUCAUGACUUAUUUGGAUCGUGACACUGUAUCAAAACUUUGCUUCACAUUGAAUCUCUCUCCCACACUUUAUCUGAAACAAGAUUUCCAGGAUGAAGAGGAGAAUCCAGAGGAUAUAACAGAAAUCAUCAAUCAAAGAAAAUAACUUAUUGGGUCAAAUCCUUUCAAUUCUGGUUUUCCUUCAAGAUCUCUAAGCAUUUUGACUUGUUCUUUGAGCUUGUUGUGAAGGUCAGAUAUAUCUUUAUCAAGUUCUUUCAUCUCU